GCCAGUCAGCCAAUCAGACAUCUUUGUUUGCUAACGAUCCAGCCAGUGACGGUCACUUCGAUAUGGCGUUUCGUGAGUUCGAGGUGAAUAACGCGUUUCGCACAAACGGGUGUGCAAGCUGUUUGCGAGUUUUGUUUUUCUCGACCACUGUGGGAUGAUUUAACGGACGUUUUUAUUAUUCGUGCUUAUCAAGUUGGAUUAAUACAGAACGGGAGAGACUUCUCCUGUAUCGGUUUCGUUCUGAACCUGAAACGCAAAUGUUUGCCGCAGUUUAAAGUUGCGCUGUCCAGGGUCCUGGAGUCCCUCCAGAGCUCCAGGGAACCCCAAAGUGACGACGUGUGGACGGACUCUUACGUUUAGUGACACAUAACUAUGGAGACGGCAUGUGACUUCCUGGCUGUAGGGGAUCAAGUCUGCCUUGGAUAACCCCACGAAAUCCUAUUUCUGAGCUCACCUGCUUGCAGCUAAAACCCUCUGUGACUCAGUUUUGUGAUGGGAAGCGAUCUGAGGAAGCUUGAGGACAGCGGGACCGAUGGGGUGUGAGACUCGUUCACCUGGAGCUGACUGGCUGGGGGAGUGUGUGUGUGUGAAAGGAGAACCAUCCAGCCCCCAUGGCUUCCUCGUCAGAUCCGUCCCGCAGGGAAAAGGGUCCAGCGACACAAGGUUCGCACACGGCAACACGCAACCUCUUACGAAAGAAGGAACAGCGUCGCCGUGGAAUCCGAUCCUCCUCGCCCAUGGGUCGGGUCAUCCUCAUCAACUCUCCUGUAGAUGGUGGAGAUGACAGUGAAGACCUCCACACAGUCACAGUGGAUAAGAGUGUGGACGGGAAGCUCGGCUUCAGCGUGCGUGGUGGCUCGGAGCACGGCCUCAGCAUUUUCGUCAGUAAGGUGGAGGACGACAGCACGGCGCAGGAGGCGGGCCUGCAGGUCGGAGAUAAGCUGGUGGAGGUGAACGGCGUCAGCCUGGAGAGCAUUACCAUGAGCAGCGCCGUGAAGGUGCUGACGGGCAACAACAGGCUAAGGAUGGUGGUGAGGCGAGUGGGGAAAGUUCCCGGCAUCCGCUACUCGAAGGAGAAGACUACCUGGGUGGACCUGGUCCAUAGGCGGAUGGUGGUGGAGGAAAGCGGGCGGACACCUUCAGAAGCCAGUUCUGACAGCGCUCUGCAGAGGAUCGUCCACCUUUACACCACCUCUGACGACUACUGUCUCGGCUUUAACAUACGAGGGGGGAAGGAGUUUGGUCUCGGCAUCUAUGUCUCCAAAUUGGAUCCAGGCGGUUUGGCCGAGCAGAACGGGAUUAAGAUUGGAGACCAGAUUCUGGCUGCCAAUGGAGUGAGCUUUCAGGACAUCAGCCACAGCAGCGCUGUGGAGGUGCUGAAGAGCCACACACACAUCAUGCUCACUAUUAAGGAAGCAGGGAGGUACCCUGCUUAUAAAGAAAUGGUGGCAGAAUAUAGGUGGUUGAAUAAAUUGGCCAAUGAUACUCAGCCAUCUUCCUCCCAGGCUUCAGACUCCAACUCUUCAACCUCCUCUCUGUCAUCUGGGACCCCGGUCAGCUCCCUGAGCGGCCUGUCGCAAGUCAUGUUUCCGCCCAGCCUGCCGUUCGGUUCAGACAUGGUGGACGUUUGCAUCUCCACUGAGGACUUGAGGUCUGAGUCUGAACUAACAGAUUCCGCCAUGCAGACAGACUUUUCCUCUCAGAGAAUGGAAACGGACACCACCCGCAGCCUGGGACCAACCAUGCUGCUCAGAGACACGGCGAUCCGUGGAGAGGAGAGCAGGAGGUGGAAGGAAUCUCCCAAAACAGCCGUGCUGCUGGCGCUCAGCAGACCGAGUCGACCAAUCAGCAGGUCGCAGAGCCAGGUCACUGUAGCAGAGAUCAAUCAGAAGAAARACAAGAAGAAGCAGAAAGAGAAGCAAGCAGAGGAGAAAAGCACUCUGCAGCGCUCAAAGACCUUUGUUAACCUGCUGUUCAAAGGAGGGCGCAAGAGAGACGCCUCCGGUGGGCGCUCCAAAUCACCAUUCAGAGAAAGCAAAGAGGGACGAAGUGUCAGUGUGAUGCCAAACUCAGAGAUGCUUGGCGUGGUGGAGGACAUGGCCCGAAGGCUGCUGACGGAGGAGGAGGUGUCUGCUGUGAUGACGGCAUGCCAAAUGUAUACAACAGAGAGGUCAGUGGAGAACUUGAUACGCCACCUGCUGGUUGUGCUGGACCGACCUGAAAAGCUGCUGCUUCUGAGGGAAGUCAGGCUUGUGCUUUCGCCAUCCGAUCUGAGUGUUUUCAACAACAUGGUGACCGCUGUUGAAGCUGAAGCCUACGACCUCCUCAAAUAUCGGUCAGUCAGAACUCCUCCUCUCCGCUCCCCCAUUUGUGGUCGAGCCCCCAAACGGCGCCUCAUCACACCCAUCCCAGAUUAUAGGGGUGGCUUUGAGCUCCACAGUGCUGAGGAGGUGGAAAAAGAGAGCCACCUGCUGGAGGAACUGGAGAAGCUCAGCCUGACUGGCUCWCAGGGAUCCAGGGGGAGAACGAAGACCUCGAGUUCUUUCUCAGCUCUUCUGGACAUACCUGUGGAUGGAUAUAAGCCAGAGUCCAGAAGCAUCAGAUCCCGCUCUGCUGGUCCCUUGCUCCCCAACUGGCUGCUGGCCCACAGCAGUGACUCCCCGCCUCCUCUACGUACAGACAUUGGCACCGUUCGCUCCGUCCACUUUGACGAGGCUUCUCUGCGCUCACCUUCAGAUAUGGUGGAGACAAACUCUGAGAGGGGAAGGACUUUUUUCAGGAACAGCCACUCUCAGGGCAGGAGGGAGAGAAGUGCAGAAAGGAGUAAGAACGGUGCGUUCACCGUGCAGAGUGCGAACCGCAGGAGUCGACCCUUGCUGUCGCAGGUGUUCGGUACGAGUCAGGAGCGACAGAUGAAUGGUCAUCGGRCUUCCUCGGAGAACAGGCUCAAAGGUACCGAGCCUGAACAGRRGCAUCGACUGAAGACGGUCAGCAUCUCCAAGACCAAACAGUCUCUGGGUAAAUAACUUUUAAAUUAUAUCCAUGCACUGAAAUACACUUGAAAAGGACUUUUGCAUGAAUUAUUGCAUUAACACAACAUAGCAUGCAG